GCGAGCGAGAAAUUGGCAGCAGCAGCAGCAAAGCGGAAGAAAACAGAAGAGCCAGAGGUCUGUUGGCUGUCUGUAUGUGUGCGAUGCGAAAAGGCGAGAGGAAGCGAGAAACCCGAAACCGAAGUGGGUAGUUGGGAAAGGGAGACAGCAAACAACAACAACAACAACAACAACAACAACAACAACAAAAACCGACAAGAAGGCAAGGGGAAUCCACACCGGUCCUGGACCAGUCCGGCCCGGCCCUGGACGGGGGAACGCUAAGCGCGCGAGAGUGGCUGAGAGUGAGCGUUCGGGCUGACAGUUUUGGCAGCAUUAGUAGUGCCGGAGCGACCGAACCUGCAACAAUUCAAUUCGCCCGUGCAGGCAAGGCCCGUCGACAGACCCCGCUCACCACUGCAAAACGACCGAGUUGUUUGCUGGCGCAGCACACGCAAAAAUACACACGCCAGUAAACAGUGGAGCUGGCCGCGAGCGUAAGCGACGAACCCUUCCGCUCGGGUCGUCGAGAAUUUUUUUUUUUUUUGAGCCGCUGUGCAGUGUAGCUUUUGUUGUUGUUGUUGUGCUAUUAGUUUGUCUGUCUGUUUCUGUGUCGUCGCGAUGUGCAGUGGAAUCUGUGGUGCGUGAAGGCGGCGUUCAAACGCCGCACAGCCGAACGCGUAGUGACAAUCGUGAUUCCGUCAGUGCGUGAAGGAUAGCACCGCACCCCACGACGGUGGGUGGCCGGUAGUGGUGGAGGAGGAAACAAGGGUUUGUCAAACCCCGCCUCCCCUCUCUUCCCCCCCCCCCCCGCCCCUCAUUGUUUCGUUUGUUUGCUACAACCGCAAAAGGGGGACAGCCGGCGGUAGCAAAACAACAACAACAACAACAACAACCCAGAAAGAAAGAAAAACGCAAAGUGAAGCACGAACGCCGCUCGCGCACGCUGCAAGGGAGGAGGAGGGCCAACCCCGAAAGGACCGAGCACCGGAGCCCCCGAAACAAGAUGAAAAUACAGCACCAGCGGGUACGGUUUACGAGCAGCGUAUUGUACGAUCACAACUUUCACGACAUUCAACACCAGCAGCAGCAGCAGACGCGCAAGCAGACGGACGCGAGCAGCCACGACGGAGACUGCGACGAGCAGCAGCAGCAGCAGCAGCAGCAGGAACAGCGCCACCGUUGUUGUCGUCGUCGUCGCUGCAGCGCGUUGCAGCAGCAGCGGCAGCAGCUGCCGGUUGCGAACCGCCGUCGCCCGGGUCCGUUCACCACCACCAUCACCGCGUCCGGUGCACCGGCGAGCGGCCAUCAUUGAGCGCACCGAACACACAGGCGCGCGCUCGCGAGACGCAACACAGCUGGCGCUGUGGCUGACUGAAGGGGGAAGAGCGUAUUUUCUUCCUGUGUGUGUUUUUUUCUUCUCUCAGUCUCUCUCUCUCUUUCUCUGUGUGGUCGGUGGGUGAACCCGCCGGAUCCUGUCCCCUGAAAUUCCCUGCCCACGCACACGUGGUGGUGACGCUUAGUGCGAAUUGGAAGGCGAGAAAAAUGACUCUGCCCGAGACAGUUUUAUUGUGCGCGGUACGAGAGCAGCAUCAGUGUAGCGACCGUGCAGGCAUCUAAUAUCCGUGAAAAAGAAGAAGAAGAAAAAGAAGAAGAAGAAGAAGAAAAUCAAAGGAAAACCCCUAAUCCUUGGUUCUUUUUUUGUUUGGUUAAAAGUGAACUGUUGUGUGUCUCUGUGCCGCGUGUCCUGUUUGGCGGCAUCACAAGUGUGCCCUGGGGAGGGGGAAGCCUCAAGCUAGCAAAAGAAGCAGCAGGUGUGUGUUUGUGUGUGUGCAUCUCUCUCUCUCUCUCUCUCAGUGUGUGUUUUGCGUGCAUUUGCACCAGGUGGCAGUGUCAUAUCGCCGACAGGCUGAGCGGCUGACGCGUGCCGCGUCUCUUUGGCGUCGCGUGCGUCAUCGCCGUGUGCGCGCGUGCUGUUGGUGGUGUGCCGCGUCCCCGCCACCAGGUGUGUGCUUCUUGUUGCAUCAAUUCAACCUCUCCCAAUCAAACAGCAGCAGCCGCAGCAGCAGCAGCCGUCGUCAGCAGAGACCUCCUUACCGUGUGUGUUUUGUGCUUGUGCCUUACCUUUAACACUGUGUGGCCUUUUCCGUCGAGCCGCAGGAGGAGGAGGAGGAGGAGGAGGUGCCUUUACAACCCCUCUCCACACUGCAGCAGAGGUUCGAAACAUCUGCGCCCGAUCGUGUGUGUGUGUGUGUGUGCUUUCGACAGAAGAAAAAAGGAAGGGAAGAGAAGAAGAAAAAAACAGUGAGUGAAAACAGACACCCGCAAACCCGCAAACCGCCGGCCGCUCUAAUCCCCGCACUGUCGCAAGGGAGGAGGAUCCGAAGGCGUUUGUUCUCUACUCGAUCAACCUGAAAAAGAAAACGCAAGAGAAAAAAAAAUCUACUCCAAUAACUCAAUCGACCGAAGCAGCAGCAGCAGCAGCAGCAGCAAAAAAAAAAAAACACGGUGGCACGCUUGCCUCCUGCCACAUCAAUCAACAGGUGCAGCGUGUGUGUGUGUGUGUGGUGCUUCCUUGCGCACAAAAAAAAAACACACAGACACACGCACUUACGGCAGGAGGAUCUAAUAUUGCGAGACGUUAGAUAUUCCGAACCAGCAACAGUCGUCGCCUUUACACGUUCGAGCGAGAUACGUUCCAGCCGCGUUGGCGGCAGCGUGUGCAGCGACACUACUCUCCUCGUCGUCGUGCCGCGACCGCGAAGGGCGGCCACAUUCGUUAAGAAUCUUCUAAACCUCUACAGUACGCAAAGCAAAGGUGUACAAAAAAAAAACAAAAAACAACAACGAAGAAGCACCAACCAGCAGAACGCGACAGUGAAGGACGAAACGGAGAAGGAGCGCUGCAGCAGGACAAGGAGCGAGCGAAAGCAGGGGCGCCCUAAAAUCCACCGCCCCAAAUCCCCCCUCCCCCCCCCCCACCCACCACCCCGCGUGCAUGAUAUACCGGCGGCAGCAACACACACUUGGGAGCAAUGAAAUCAAGUGCAGUAAAAUUUUGUGCUAUACUACUAAUUAUGCUGUCAUCAGUUGUGGUUCACACAGACUGCUGUUCUAGCAGAUCGAUGCCAAAAUCAAGACCUCGGCCAGUGUCACACUUUCGCGGUGUGAUGACGUCCGCCACCACCACCUUCACGGUGAUCCGGCCGGACGCGACCUCCUCGUCGAACAACCGGGAACCGCCGGACACGGCGUCGACGGGGAUGGACUCGCGUCUUACCGGCAGCGGUGGCGGACCGGGCACUGGCGGCCUCGGCCGUGGUAUCAGCACAAACGGCGGUAAAGCGAACGACCACCAGCAGCAGCAGCAGCAGCAGCGAAACGGCGACGGCACGGUGAUAGAACCGCCGACCGGCCGCCGGGACGAUCCGAGCGGGCGGGGCAACGAGAAGGACCAGCUGCUGAUGCGCAUGGGCAAAUGUUCGCAGCUGUUCGAGGAGAACUACUGCCUGAACGGUGGCAAAUGCUACAACUUCACGAUCGCCAACUCGACCAUGCCGACGUGCGAGUGCGCGGACGGCUUCAUGGGUGAACGAUGUGAGUCAAAGUACCUGGAUGGGACCUACCUGAGCAUGCGCAAGCCGAAGAUACACAUCGAAACGGCGAGCAUGUAUUACGGGGCAUUUCUUGCCAUGAUGGUAGUGCUGGCUGUGUUCUACUAUCUGCACUGGCUCAACCAUUGCCGCUAGCGCACGGCAACCGUGCUGGAGGUGGCCGGGUGGGGUCCCCCCUCCCGGUCCCCGGUGCGGCGGAUCGCGCGCACGCACGCCCUCCCUGACAGCGGAGCGCGUGCCGGCCAAUGGUACCUACGGAGCCUAACCUCGUAAUUGGUAUGUCCCAUCCUACCCCGAAAAUACGAUAAAACGCGGAUUGCGAUCAGAGAGCUAGAUCGUGUGUGUGCGUGUGUGUGUGUGUGCGGAGGCGUGGGCGUUUGAAACCCGUCCACGGACCGGUUUACCUUCAACCACCAACCCACACACACACACACACACACGGUCGAAACACAGCGUAGCAGUUACAUACAUUUGCACGGAUUGAUAAUCCGACGACAAAACAAAGCAAAUCACAAACAGAAGAAGACAAAAAAAAUGCAACACUUAAGGUCGACUUUAAGGAGAUAUGGAGCAGGCGACGAACCCCCAAAUCCCUUCCAACCUCUAAACUUACUUUGCUUUGCUUGGCAAGGGGCUUUACCCUACACCACUUCUCGCCACCCAAGCCUCCCGCUUCAUUGUGUGGCUGCACGUGCGUACCAGGAAUGGGUUCGAAUCCAGCGACGGAAGCCGUGCAAAUCAAAUGGAAAGGAGCGUAGAAUGGGGAACAGCGUGCGUGAAAGAGAGAGAAAGAGAGAGAGAGAAAGAACGACAGCGAUAAGGAUGUUCCCAACUCUUCCGGCAGGCGUGUGCUGCUGGGUGGCGGCGUGAUUGGCGAGAUAUGUACGGUGUGCGCAGCAUCGUGGCGCUUGCACGCCUUGAACGGGAUCUGAUUUAGAUUUAACGCUUAUAUAUACAUAUAUACAUAUAUAUAUAUACAUAUAUACAUAUACAACACUUUUAAGCUAAGGUUAGUGUAAAUACGCCGUCGCUCCCCUCCCCUCCCUCCGGGCACCCUUCCCUGUGGGGGAGGGGUGAUUUGGAAAGGGGGCCUCCGCAACACGGGCGACAACGCGAAACAAUUGUGUAACAUAUUCGAAUGAGAAUUUAGCUAUUGUAUAAGUAGGCAAGAACUGUGCGUGUGUGGGUGUGUGUGUGUGCGACACGUGAUGAACAUCCCAUUUGUUCAUUUACAUACACACACACAUAUACACAUACUUUAUGACGAAUCUGUAAUACGAACCCAUAAGCAACGCAAAAUUACACGAAAACUCGGAACGAAAGUAAGCAACAAAAAAAAGCAACAACAGCGUUCCUGCCAAAACCCAAACCCGAAGGUAGGGGGCAUAAAAAUCAAACCCGCUCGAGGCAGGAAACAAAAAAUACAGAAUGAUUCUACAUCCAACAUACAAAAACUCUCAUCGAUCACACACAACACAACAUUUUCGAGCAGUAUUUAUUCCCGUGCAGAGAGAGAGAGAGGGAGAAAGAUAGAGAGAGAGAGAGAGAGAGAGACCGAAAGAAGUUAAAAAAAGUAACAAGACUAAAUAUUGGCUGUGUUAAUAGGACCGGGUGGGGGAUGGGUGCCUCGAGCUCGUUUUUCUCUCUUGCUCGGUGUGCGUGGCUUGGCCCGGAGUUUUCCUGCUGCGUCUCGCUGCCGUUUUAAGUGUGCCCAAGUUUUAGCCUAGCUGGCAGACACUAGACGAGUGGCCUUUUUUUUAAACAAUUUCUGCUCUUCUCGUUUUUUUUUCUUUGGCAUGGAAUUUUUGAAGCAAAUUUUUCAAAUCUAACAACUCCUCCUAAAGCUGCAAGGUGGCAAGCCACCAUUCCCCACUCCUUUUGUCUUAUCAUCCAUCACAUACACACACACACUCACACACACACACACACACACACACACACACACACACACACACACACACACACACACACACACACACACACACACACACACACACCCACACUCACAAGCUUGCCGGCUAUCGAAACCGAGUGCCUCUAACGAAAUAAAUACAGCAGUGCCUCUACUAAAAACGAAGAAAAAAACGGAUACAUUCUGCAACACAAUGAUCAGCAAACACAGCGGUUGCUCUCUUUUUUUUUGUUUGAUUUUGUUUUUUUUGUUUUUCGAUAACAACAGCGCUUAGGACAAACACACAGCACGUAGGAAUGCUGUGGAAUGCAUUGAAACAUUGAUACUAGCUAGAAUGAUGCGAACACGCUGCAAAAACAAUCAAAGCACAGGGAAACCAGGUGCUAAUUCCAAUGUCUUCGGGCGCCCCUUGAAGCGGUCUUUCAUUCUCUUCUAGCUUGCUUUUUAUUUUUAAAAAAAUAAAUAAAUAAAUAAUAAUUAUCCAAUUAGAUUCCAAUUAAAUUAAAAAACCCCAACCUGGCAGUGUAUUAUGCUGUCGAGGCGUUCGCUUACAUCCGUCGUCCCGUAAGCGAAGGGAACAGUCUCUUGCUAGACAUAAACAAACACACACACACACACCGUGCAAAAGGAGAGGAUCGUGAGUAAGUGUGUUGUGCACUUGCAAAUAAGGUUUUGUUUUUGUUUUCGUGCGAGCCCCCGAGGAGCGUCCCUCCUGGCUUCCCCGAUUAGAGUACGUUUUAGUACUUGCGCCACACGGUGUGCUGCUCUCUAAGCUCUGGGGGAGGCAUCUCCACUUUGCUCUCUCUUUCUCUCUCUAUCUCUCUUUCUCUCUCUCCAUCUCUCUCUUGCUGGCUGCAGCAAAGCGUCCGGCAAACGUUUUUUGUUUGUUUUUGGUUUAAGCAAGGCCUUAUUUAAAACGACUAUGUAAUCGCCUGUGCUGUGCCUUAUCUUGCAGACGGAAAAGCACCUUAAUUCGAACACACACACACAUUACACAUAGACACAAAAUCAUUCCAGCGCAGCACUGCAUGACAAUCGACAGGUGUGUGACAGACGGGAUUAGAAGGAGGCGGUCCACUCUUUGGAAGCGGAGGGCCCGAAAAUAGGACGGAAAAAGGCGGCGUCCUUUUGAAAAAAAAAAUAAAAUAUUGCGCUUUUACUAGCUAAGCGGGCAAACGGGAAUUUUGCUAAUCAAUUGCCGCACACGAAUGCAAACAGAAAAGCAAAUGGCAUCAUCAUCACACAUGGAUAGCGACCGAACGCGGCCGCAAAGGGAGGAGAUGUAUGAUACAAGCAUCAGUAUUAUUAAAAAAAAAAACACACACACAAUAUACAAUCGUAACGAAAUGUAGCCGGGCGGGCGUAAACUAUAACGAAAUACUAUACACUUAUAUAUAUAUAUAAAGAAAAAUGAACGGGAACGGUAGAGUUAGGGCGUCUAGGAAACAGGGGUGUGGGCGAUAUGACCCACCCGAACAACGCUCCCGCCUUACCCCAACAUACACAUCAUUACCCACACAAACAAACACAUACACCCACACUGCAAAAGGGAAACGGUUCCAUGUUUUCCAUUAAUUAUGUAUUUUAUAAGCAUCGCACCAAACACCACGACCUCGGGCGACCAUGGGCGAAAAGACUGGAGUAGUGGUACUCUUGUACUCUUUCUUUCUUUCUGUUUUUUUGUGCGUGUGUAUCUAAUCUACUAGAAAAGAAGAAGAAGAAGAAGGGAAAAACACGCAAAUGUUAUGAGAUUGCCUGCAAAAAAGACAAACAAAAGACAAAAACAAAAACCCCGCAAAAGCAAUACAGGAGGACAGUUUUGUUGUUGUUGUUGUUGUUAUUGUCCCUGCUACUACUACGAAACAUGAUAGAGAGAGAGGAG